CGAAACACGUGGAAUGGUAGUGUGUCGUACACGAGGAAAAUAAAUUAGUUGCAAAUUUACUCUUAGCAAAUAUUUACUAGAAUAUAUGAGAAUAUAUAUAUAUAUCUUGUAAAGAAUUAUAUUUUUCUAAGAUUCGAACACUUGACCAACUUGAAAUUGACAAUUGAAGGAAAGGCUCGGACAUUAGAUUGCCAUAUAAACGAAGAGAAAGAUGUCUUUUCGAGGACGUGGUGGAGGAUUUAGUAGAGGAACAGGCUCCUUUAGAGGCGGUAGAAAUGCUGGAGGAUUUAACAGAGGACGCGGUGGUGGUUUCGAUAGAGGCAGUAGAGGAUAUGAUCAAGGGCCUCCGGAAGAAAUAACACCAUUAGGACAUUUCACAUGGCCUAUAGAAGAGGGACUCGUUGUCAAAGUCGAUAUUGAGAAAGUGCCCUUUUUUAACGCUCCGAUAUAUACAGAAAACAAGAAACAUAUUGGGAAAAUAGAUGAAAUAUUUGGCAGUAUCCGUGACUAUUAUGUAUCUAUCAAAUUGCCGAAAGAUAUAAAACCUUCUAGUUUUAUAAAGGAUACUCAGUUGUACAUUGAUCCAGCAAAAUUGCUGCCUCUUCAAAGGUUUUUGCCAAAAGCACCUGGGGAACAAAAACGAGGCAGUAAUGCCGGACGUGUUAUGAAAAGAGGUGCUGGUGGAAGGGGGGGAAGCGGAAGAGGCAAUAGUAGAGGAUCCUAUGGAAGAGGAGGUGGUGGUGGUGGUUUUGGCAACAGGGGAACUGGUGGAUUUAGAGGUCGUGGAUUUAAUCGUAAUAACACAGGUGGAAGUCGCGGAGGAGGUAGAGGAAGAUGGUAAAUACAAAUAAAUCCGUCAAAGAAGAAUUCUUUCUUUAACACAUAUUGAAUAUAUUAUAUUUGUAAUAUGUAAUAAAAUAAAGUAAAAAUAUUUUAGAUUGACAAAGGAA